CAUGGGGAAGUUGUCGUGUUACCUGAGUUGGGGCCCUAAGAAGGUCAUAUGUGUACGGAGGGGAUCCCUCCGGGGUCACUGGAAGUGUGCGUGUGUGGAGGGGUGCACCUUCUCUCCCAAUGCCCCUGGUCCUCCCCCUACCGGGCCCUAAGCCCAGGAAUCCUUCAGAGCCUUGGUACUGAGCAUAUCUCUAGUUUGGGGCCCUACUCUUCAGUCCUCUGGACUGAAGACAAAGAGAGUGAGGAAAGUACUAGGAGCACCCUCCCCCCAAACCCCCGUCUCUCAUGCACACUUGUGCACACACAUGAACACUGCACUAGAGCAGAGGUACACAAAGCAGGGACAGACAUGCAGGUAGAGACCCUUUCAGAUGUGCUCACAUCUGGACAAGCACACAACCAGGGGGGCACACAAAGGUGCACGUAUGCACACACUUCCCAAGGACAUAGCUCCCCAAAAGGCCCAUGUACCCUAAUCUCCCUGUGGGUCUGUACUGUGUGCUAUUAACCUAACUCAUCUACCUAUCCAUACUUCUAGAUUCAGGGCCUGCUGAAUCUAGAAGUACAGAUUCAGGAAGGGCCUGUUACUAAGACCUUCUUUUCCACCCUUUUCUCUCUCCCAUGGCUGGCCUCCAGGUCAGCCUGAGGAACCUGAGGAAUUGAGAGGAUAAGUCAGGAUCCCAGCAGGAGGGUGUGUGUGCUGGGGGUUGGGGAUUACUAAAGCUAGACAGCAGGGAGGAAGUGUGGGAAAACAGGCCACCAGGAGAAAUUAAAUUCAGUACUCAUUUACUGUGUGGCUGCUGGGUGCCAGCACCAUGGUAGGCACCCAUAAUGCAAAGAGGAUGAGGCAUGGGCUCUGCCCUCAGGAGCACCCAGUCUAGUGGGGAGCCAGACAAAUAAACAACUCACUGGGCCAACUGCAGAAUAGAAUGUGCCAAGUACUUUAACAGAUAGGCCCCAGGAGAAAACCAAAAAUCGUUUUCUGUUGACAAAUGGCUGGGCUUCAGAUGUUUUGCUCUCUACCCCCAUUGUCCCACAUGCCCUAUCCCCAUCCUCUCCUUAGCCACAUGCCUGUGCCCUUUUGAAUACCUCCUCCUGGACUGCCUUCUGCUCAGGGACUCCGGCCCCCUCCUUCCCAUCCUAGAACAGAGAGGAAGAAUGUCAGGGUGCAGGAGGGGGAGACUCAUAGGGGAACUGGGGUCCAGAAAGUGGGGAAUGAGACAGGACCUGGGUUCCCUGGGGGCCUUCUUCCAAAGGAGAUAUUAGGCUAAUUGUCUGUGAGGGUCAGAGAGGUGGACAGGUCAAAGGGGAGUGGCUCCUCUAAAUCCUAGGACUGAAAGAAUCAGAAAGCAGCAAAGGCCCCAUCUGUUAAGAGGGGAGGUGAUGUCAGUGGAUCACUCCUCCCUUUCCUGGAACACCUGGAAGGGGUCUGGGCUGGGGACCUGCCUUUGCUGAUGCCUGUCUGUCCUUCCCCAUCUUCCCCAUCUGUACCUUCUCCUGUUUUAUUGCCAUCUUUGUGCCUGUCUUUGGACUCUGUCUCUUGGUGCCAUACUAUCCAUGUGUGUCUUCUUGCCUCUGGGCCUCCAUCUCUGGCUUGGCUCCCUCUCUGCUUCUUGGGAUGUCUCUCUCUCUGCACUGUGCUGCACUGGCAUUCGGUCCCUUUUCCUGUCCUCAUGGCUUCCCCUUGGUCACUUCUUCAUCUAUCUCUGGUCCCUGGCUUCCAUCUUGGCCUUACCUUUUCUUUCCACAUCCUUGUCUGUAUCUCUGUCAUCUCUGGUGCUGGUCUCUGCCCCUCCAUCCCUGCCUCCAUCUCUGUGCUGGGUCCUGCCCACUCUGUCUCACUUCCCAUUCACCUCGGCCGUCCCUGCCCAUCUGAGCAGCAGCGUCCCAUCCAGCCCUCUUUCACCAAAUCCCUCUGCCGUGAGUCCCACUGGAAGUGCCUCCUGCUCUCGCUGCUCAUGUACGGCUGCCUGGGGGCAGUGGCCUGGUGCCAUGUCACCACGGUGACACGCCUCACCUUCAGCAGCGCCUACCAGGGCAACAGUCUCAUGUACCAUGACAGCCCCUGCUCCAAUGGCUAUGUCUACAUCCCCCUGGCCUUCCUGCUCAUGUUGUAUGCCGUCUACUUGGUGGAGUGUUGGCACUGCCAAGCCCGCCAUGAGCUGCAGCACCGUGUGGACGUGAGCAGCGUGCGGGAGCGAGUGGGCCGCAUGCAGCAGGCCACGCCCUGCAUCUGGUGGAAGGCCAUCAGCUACCACUAUGUGCGCCGCACCCGCCAGGUCACCCGUUACCGCAACGGAGACGCCUACACUACUACCCAGGUCUACCACGAGCGCGUCAACACGCACGUGGCCGAGGCCGAGUUCGACUACGCGCGCUGCGGCGUCCGCGACGUGUCUAAGGCGCUGGUGGGGCUGGAGGGCGCGCCGGCCACGCGGCUGCGCUUCACCAAGUGCUUCAGUUUCGCCAGCGUGGAGGCCGAGAACGCGUACCUGUGCCAGCGCGCGCGCUUCUUCGCCGAGAAUGAGGGUCUGGACGACUACAUGGAGGCGCGCGAGGGCAUGCACCUCAAGAAUGUGGACUUCCGCGAGUUCAUGGUGGCCUUCCCGGACCCGGCCAGGCCGCCGUGGUACGCCUGCUCGUCCGCCUUCUGGGCCGCGGCGCUGCUCACGCUGUCGUGGCCGCUGCGCGUGCUGUCCGAGUACCGCACGGCCUACGCGCACUACCACGUGGAGAAGCUCUUUGGCCUGGAGGGCCCGGGCUCGGCGAGCAGCGCGGGCGGCGGCCUCAGCCCCAGCGACGAGCUGCUGCCCCCGCUCACCCACCGCCUGCCGCGGGUCAACACGGUGGACAGCACGGAGCUCGAGUGGCACAUCCGCUCCAACCAGCAGCUGGUGCCCAGCUACUCGGAGGCGGUCUGCGAGCACUGCCAGCGCGCCGUCAGCAGCUCGUCCAUCUUCUCGCGCAGCGCCCUGAGCAUCUGCGCCAGCCCGCGGGCCGGCCCGGGGCUCGGCGGCGGCGCGGGCUGCGGGGGCAGUCGCUUCUCUCUGGGCCGUCUCUACGGCUCUCGGCGCAGCUGUCUGUGGCGCAGCCGGAGCGGCAGCGUCAACGAGGCGAGCUGCCCCACGGAGCAGACGCGGCUGUCGAGCCAGGCCAGCAUGGGCGACGAUGAGGACGACGACGAGGAGGAGGCCGGGCCGCCGCCCCCUUACCACGACGCUCUUUACUUCCCCGUCCUCAUCGUCCACCGGCAGGAGGGGUGUCUGGGCCACAGCCAUCGGCCGCUGCACCGCCACGGCUCCUGCGUAGAGACCUCACUGUGACCUCUGGCCCCUGGAGAGGCCCGGGCCGUGCUCCCACCUGCCCCUCGCCGGACUGUGCUCCCUGAGCGUAGUGGGGCAAAUCACGGUGGUGGCUGAGGCUGUGCCGGGUAUGGCGGCAAGGUGGGGGUUGGUGAGGGCGCCUCGGACUGACCCCGAUGGGGCUGGGACCCCCGCCAUCCCUGUACAUAGAGGGAGGGAGUCGGUAGCUCCCCGAGAAUCCCACCCUGGCAGAGUCGUCUCUUCCAGCCCCACCCCUGAAUUCCUAAGGGACACCUCCCUUUCCUACAUGCACACGCGAGAUUUCCCGUUCAGUCUUUCAGCGGAUUUUCUGACUUAUUUGUCAGCUGUGCUAUGGGACCCGCGUUGAGUCUCGUCACAAAUGAGAGGCCCUCGCUGUGCAGCUGGGAGGUUCAGAGGCUAUGGGGGAGGGAACUUGGGGCUUUCCUUCCCCUGUGGCCUCUCCCCACUGGGGCCUGUCUCUGUGAGGGGGCAGUGGUGUGGUGACCAGCAGGGCUGGCUUCCAACCAGCUGAUGAAUUCAGUGGGUCUGCGGAUCGGGCUAGGUGUCAGCCCCAGUACUCCAUCCCAGCGCUGUCUUCCUCUUGGCGCUGGACCCAAAGACUGGGGUUUCCUUUUUGCCACUUCCUCUGUGGUUGUUUAUCUCACCAGGCCCCAGGAGUCUGGGUCCUGGAGGGGCUGUGCUCGCCACACAGACAUCACACCUCCCUCUCCCUGGUUCUGAAGAGUUCGCUGUUGCCAAGGUGCAGGGGGAGGGGCAGGUAAACUGUGGAGGGCAGUGUACCUCGGUCUUUCCUCCAGACUCUGCAGCCUCUCAGAAGCCUUCUCACUGGGGUUCUGGGUGGCUACUGCCUUUAGAGGGGGUGAGAUGCCACCCAGAUGGCACUCGUCAAAGCUGGCUAGGGUGAGUGACUACGUGGAGAAAGCAUGAGACAGACCUGGGUGACAACGGGGAGCUCUGGAAGCAGAUGGGGGUAAAAAAGGAGAAGGCAGUGGAGGGUAGAGUGAAAGGACUUCCAAAGGUGUGGGUGUCUGUGGGGAGCAGCAACCCUUGCCUCCCCUAGACCUGUGGGAACGAGUGGAGUGUGCUUGACCUUCACACAUGCCCCUGCGGGGCUGAGGACAUUGUCAUAAGCCCCAACUCGAGAAAUACUCAAUUACAGUGGCAGGGUCAGAGGCAGAAUUCUCUAGACUUUGACUGACUCAUGCUCCCCUGUCCCAUAAGCUGAAGCCCUGCUUUGUGUCCCAGGGUCUUCAAAGGGGCAUCCUGCCACCACCCCAGGGUGCUGGCCCCACGUCCUGUUCUCCUGAAGCUCUGACACCGCCUCCUCUCCCUGUGCCACCCCCCCCACCUCCACCCCAAUGUGCUUCAUUGUGCAUGUCUGUGUGCAACCCCCGCCUCCCAACUCCCUAGCUAAAGUUUUCCCAGCAGAUUUAGCGCCCAGGGAUUGAGCUCAUAUUUCAGGCUAGAGAGGAUAACCCUUGGGCCACCUGGGCAUCUCUUACCCCUGCUGCUUCUCACUUGGCCUGAGCCAUCAGAACUCCCCUGUCCCUUCCUUUAGCCCCUGCCAUCUUCCUCCAGCCAGGCCUGCAGCUGCUAAUGGGCAUGGCCUCCACCUAUGCAACAUUGCCUCUGGCUCCCCUUCCCUCCUUCCCAGGAGGACAUGGGGGGCCCAAAUUGUGGGGACACCACAGCCCAUGGCUCAUCAAGGGGUUGAGCUUUACUUUCGCGCAGAGAUGGCCGAAUAAAGAGGGAGGGGCUGGGAGUGGGGAGGCUUGGGCAGCAGGAAACAGCUGCCCACAAGGUCUUCCUGGGCAGCCGUGCCCACCUGGCCCCUGAGUCUGUGCUCCUCAGCGGCCUGGAGGUUGGAGCACUCCUCUUUCAUCUGAAGGGACAUCUGUGAGGUGCAGGUGGUGAGUUGGGGCCUCAGGCCUCAGUUCUUGGCAAGCUGGCACGUGGAUGUCAUGCCCUUGUGUGGGGGAAGCCUUUGGCUCCAAGGAGGGAGGAACUCAGUUCCUCCUUGCUCAGGCCUGUUCAUGAGACAGAGCCUGGUCUCUGAAGAGGGGAGGGGGGCCCUGUUACUAGUUUUGCCUGUAUUGACCAUUUCUGCCUAGGUUUUCUCACACAGACAGCCUCACUCCCACACACGCACAGACAAGAGAGAAACCAAUUCUUUGAUAUAUUUUCUUGGUAGCUUUAUUGAUUUCCAGGGAAAAUAAAAACCAGAAAAUUAAUUAAUCUCUAAAAUUAAACUUUAUACUGAAUGUUCUUUUUUCUCUAAUUAGAACUUCUGCAAGCAGCUGUGGCUACACACACACACAUUCACACACCCGCACACCUACAUGUUUGCACUCUGGAACUGUCAGAGGGUGUUAGGCACAGACAGAUUGUAGGUUGCCUGGACAGGCACCCACAUGCAGUCAUUCCCAAGCCCCCUUGGGUGCUCUGCUCAGCGCCUGUUUGUUAGAAGGAGUCCCUGGAGAGCAGACACCCCUGUGGGUUUGGAGGCUCUGGGCCACUAAACCCAAGGAGGAUGGUAGGUGGGGCUUAGCCUAACUCCCAUCAGUCAGGGCCUCUGGCGGCCCUGUGGGCUGCUGUGAUUCCUGGGAUGUGGCCCCAGGGUGGGCAGCCACAGAGUGAUGAGGACUCAUGGGGAGCACCUGGAAGGCUCCAUGUGUCCUGGGGACCAAGGGCUUGUGGGCUGGGCUGGGCCUGGCUGGGGAAAAGACAGGUCUCUGUCAAUUGGGUGCAUCACACUGUGGCCUUUCUGUCAUGGAUUUCCAAGCGCAGCGAUUGUACAAAUCAAACUGGUGGAUAAUAAAGUUGCGGAUGACUCACUGAC